AUCGAGUAAUUUUUUCAUGUGUAUUACUAUACCCAGAAUAAUAGUUUAUAGAAAGGGUGAUCAAAAACAAGGGACUUUACCUUUGCUUUUGAAUUUGGUUUUCACACAGUCGACGAUCGAUUUUCAUCGCCCAAGCGUAGCUGGUGCGUAUAAACCACAAGUAAACUACAGGCUGAAUGCGCUUAAUUUUUAAACAGUUGAAAAUCUGAACUUUUCGUGGUUGAAUUAUUCUCCCACGGUGCUUUUGUAACAUCUUUUCACUGAUAUCGGACUGACGUUAGAAGAAGUAUACCGUCGGAAUCUACCACGAAAAACAAAUCAUUUGAAACGAAGCAGGAAUGGAGACCGCAGCUAACAAAUGGUUGUGCAAUUUUCAGUCAACUCCGCGUUGGAUAGACAAUCUGCUACCAAGACUACAAGCUGGAAAUGGUGAAACUACAAGCACUUGCGGAAACUUUUAUUUGGCACAGUCAGUCAUAAAUAUUUUGCUUUCGGCUGUAGCAAAAUACGACGCAAAGUUUUCCUUUGAACCUGUCGAUUCCUCGAGCUUCUUCAUUGAAAAGGAGCCAAAUUAUUUUGAACUGCUUAUUUUUAUCAGUUCAAAUAGCCUUCGCUCCGCCGAAAUACAUUUGAAAGAAGAUGGAUGUGUUCAAGGCCUAACACUGAUCGAGAUGAGAGAAAAUACGCGUACUCAAAGCAGCUGGAAAGGCCUUUGCAGAAAGUCUAAAUCAGGAAAAGAGUAUUUGUCGUCUAAAGUGAUGCGUUCUGAAUUGUCCGACCUUCUUUCAAAACUCCUGACGGAUAUGUUAUUUUUGCAACAUUACCACGACAAAACAAUUCAAGGUGUUGAAGUCCGCAAUAUUUCAUCCGAAGAUGCCGUGUCUCUUGAAAUAAAAAUCAGAGGUUUAACUUUGAUUGUGGAUCUCGUAGUUGGCAUUGAUUGCGAAGGAUCGUGGCCCGUUAAUCGCGAUUCCUCUAAAGGCACGGAAAAAGCAGUCACGAAAUCCAAAGGGAAAACAGUCAACUGCGGAAUACAACUGGUUUCCAAAGCCACUUCACUGGAAUAUCAUUGGAGAAUUUGGUUUUGCAAAGCAGAGAGAUUUGAGCUCAAUUUCAAGCGCUUUCCCCAGCGACAGAAAUGCUUCCAGCUUUUGAAAUCAUUUGUUUACAACGAACUUGACUGCGAUUUUCUUAAACCGUAUCAUUUACAAACUGUUUUGUUGCACGAAAGCGCAAAAUUCUCCGAUGACAGUCAGUGGACCAUUCAAACACUUCCUCUUCGCUUUUAUGGGCUUAUAAAUCUUCUGGAAUCUUUUGCUCGCGAAAAAUUUUGUCCUCAUUUCUUCACUCCGUCGCUGAAUUUGUUUACAGAAAUAAGUAGUCACAAUUUACGAGUGCUCUGUCAAAAGAUUAAGUUCCUCAAAGAUGCACAGUCCUUACGAGUAGAGGAAAACACUUGGUUAUAGAACUGAAAACGAAGGCCGGACGCAGC